AUGAACAAAUACAUUAACAAGUACACUACUCCGCCUAAUCUACUGUCACUACGACAACGGGCGGAAGGCAAACAUAGAAAGAAACUUUCACAUAAAUCGCAUUCUCACGAUGAUGAGAUGUCUACCACAUCAGGCACAGAUUCUAACCAUAAUGGCCCUAAUGACGCCGGAAGAGUGAUUGCUGGUUCUGCUGGCCACAUCGGAAAAAUAUCUUUCGUAGACUCAGAGUUAGAUACAACGUUCUCCACUUUAAAUUUGAUUUUUGAUAAACUGAAAAGCGACGUGCCACAAGAACGAGCUUCUGGCGCUAAUGAAUUAAGCACUACUUUGACGUCAUUGGCAAGGGAGGUAUCUGUUGAACAAUUUCAAAGGUUUAGUAAUAGCUUAAACAAUAAGAUAUUUGAGCUGAUUCAUGGUUCUACCCCCGGUGAGAAAGUUGGUGGCAUCAUUGCCGUUGACACUUUGAUCUCAUUUUAUUUGAGCACAGAAGAGCUACCCAACCAAACUUCAAGACUAGCCAAUUAUCUGCGAGUUUUGAUUCCAUCUAGUGACAUAGAAGUUAUGAGAUUGGCGGCCAAUACCUUGGGUAGAUUAGCCGUACCAGGCGGUACGCUAACAUCAGAGUUCGUCGAAUUUGAAGUUAGAACCUGUAUUGACUGGCUUACUCUGACACCAGAUAAUAACUCUUCAAGCUCUAAAAUGGAAUAUAGGCGACAUGCUGCAUUAUUAAUCAUAAAGGCACUGGCUGAUAAUUCACCCUACCUUUUAUACCCUUACGUGAAUUCCAUAUUAGACAAUAUUUGGAUGCCAUUAAGAGAUGCCAAGCUUGUUAUACGCUUAGAUGCUGCAGUGGCAUUGGGCAAGUGUCUGACUAUCAUACAAGAUAGAGACCCUGCUUUGGGAAAGCAAUGGUUCCAAAGGCUAUUCCAGGGCUGUACUCAUGGUUUAGGUCUCAACACAAACGAUUCAGUUCAUGCUACCCUGUUAGUAUUUCGAGAACUACUCAGUUUGAAUGCACCUUAUCUUAGGGAUAAAUAUGAUGACAUCUACAGAUCAACUAUGAAAUACAAGGAAUAUAAAUUCGAUGUGAUUAGAAGAGAGGUUUAUGCCAUCUUGCCCCUUUUGGCUGCUUUUGAUCCAGCUAUUUUUACGAAAAAAUAUCUUGAUAGGAUUAUGGUUCAUUAUUUGAGAUAUCUGAAAAAUAUUGACACAAAUGCGGCAAAUAACUCUGACAAAGCUUUCAUAUUAGUUUCUAUAGGUGAUAUUGCCUUCGAAGUCGGCUCAAAUAUUUCCCCUUAUAUGACACUAAUUUUAGAUAAUAUUAGGGAAGGUUUGAGAACAAAGUUCAAAAUUAGGAAGCAGUUUGAAAAGGAUUUAUUUUAUUGUAUUGGUAAAUUGGCUUAUGCCCUAGGCCCAGCUUUCGCUAAGCACUUGAAUAAAGACCUUCUUAAUUUGAUGCUAAAUUGUCCCAUGUCCGACCAUAUGCAAGAGACUUUAAUGAUCCUUAACGAAAAAAUACCCUCUUUGGAAUCUACUGUUAAUUCAAGGAUUCUAAAUUUACUGUCAAUAUCCUUAUCUGGUGAAAAAUUCAUUCAAUCAAAUCAAUACGACUUCAGUAAUCAAUUUUCUAUCGAGAAGGCCCGUAAAUUAAGGAAUCAAAGUUUUAUGAAGAAAACGGGAGAAGCUAAUGACGAUAUUAAAGAUGCACAAACUUUGAUCCAAUGCUUUAAAAUGUUGCAAUUGGUUCAUCACCAAUAUUCCUUGACUGAAUUUGUAAGGCUCAUCACAAUUUCUUACAUCGAGCACGAGGAUCCAUCCGUCAGAAAAUUAGCAGCGUUAACCUCGUGUGAUUUGUUUGUCAAGGAUGAUAUUUGUAAGCAAACAUCAGUUCAUGCUUUACAUUCCGUUUCCGAAGUAUUAAGUAAACUGUUAAUGAUCGCAAUAACCGACCCAGUUGCAGAGAUUAGAUUAGAAAUUUUGCAGCAUUUGGGAUCGAAUUUCGAUCCUCAACUGGCACAACCGGAUAAUUUACGUUUACUUUUCAUGGCGUUGAAUGAUGAAAUAUUUGGCAUUCAAUUGGAAGCUAUCAAAAUAAUAGGCAGGUUAAGUUCUGUUAACCCUGCUUAUGUAGUUCCUUCAUUGAGGAAAACUCUGUUGGAAUUAUUGACUCAACUGAAGUACUCAAAUAUGCCAAAAAAAAAGGAAGAAAGCGCAACCUUAUUAUGCACUUUGAUAAAUUCUAGCGAUGAAGUAGCGAAGCCUUAUAUCGAUCCCAUUUUGGAUGUCAUUCUUCCUAAAUGUCAGGAUGCUUCAUCUGCCGUAGCAUCCACUGCAUUAAAGGUUCUUGGCGAACUAUCAGUUGUUGGGGGAAAUGAAAUGACACCUUAUCUGAAGGAGUUGAUGCCACUGAUUAUCAAUACAUUUCAAGAUCAAUCUAAUUCUUUUAAAAGGGAUGCAGCUCUAACAACACUGGGGCAGCUAGCUGCCUCAUCGGGCUAUGUCAUUGGCCCUUUGUUGGACUAUCCGGAGCUACUUGGUAUUUUAAUCAAUAUUCUAAAGACAGAGAACAAUCCUCAUAUCAGACGUGGAACAGUUCGUUUGAUCGGGAUUCUAGGUGCACUUGAUCCGUAUAAGCAUAGGGAAAUAGAAGUAACGUCGAACUCGAAGAGUUCGGUAGAACAAAAUGCGCCUUCAAUUGACAUCGCUCUACUAAUGCAAGGGGUGUCCCCUUCUAACGACGAAUAUUACCCCACCGUAGUCAUUCACAAUUUGAUGAAGAUUUUAAACGAUCCAUCGUUAUCUACUCAUCACACAGCUGCUAUCCAGGCAAUUAUGCAUAUUUUUCAAAGCCUUGGUUUACGUUGUGUUUCAUUUCUGGAUCAAAUUAUUCCAGGUAUCAUUUUAGUAAUGCGUUCAUGUCCGCCGUCACAGCUUGACUUUUAUUUUCAACAACUUGGCUUCCUUAUCUCAAUUGUCAAACAGCAUAUUAGGCCUCAUGUCGAGAAAAUCUAUGAUGUAAUCAAAGAAUUUUUUCCAAUAAUCAAAUUACAAAUCACUAUAAUAUCGGUGAUAGAAUCUAUAUCUAAGGCUCUAGAAGGUGAAUUUAAAAGGUUUGUCCCGGAGACCUUGACAUUCUUCCUUGACAUCCUUGAAAACGACCAGUCCAAUAAACGAAUCGUUUCAAUUCGUAUAUUGAAGUCUUUGGUCACUUUUGGGCCCAAUCUAGAGGACUAUUCCCAUUUGAUCAUGCCUGUAGUUGUUAGAAUGACUGAGUAUUCCGCAGGGAGUUUAAAGAAAAUAUCUAUUAUAACUUUGGGUAGAUUAGCAAAAAAUAUCAACCUUUCAGAAAUGUCAUCCAGGAUUGUUCAAGCGCUGGUAAGAAUUUUGAAUAAUGGGGACCGAGAACUGACAAAAGCAACCAUGAAUACACUGAGUUUACUUCUUUUGCAACUAGGUACAGACUUUGUUGUUUUCAUACCGGUGAUUAACAAAGCAUUAUUAAGGAAUAGGAUUCAGCACUCAGUUUAUGAUCAACUUGUUAAUAAGGUGCUGAACAAUGAAAGUCUACCGACGAAUAUCAUAUUUGAUAAAGAAAGUGAGGCGCCUGAAAGAGACAAAUACGGGGAUGAAUCACAAGUAAAGAAACUUCUGGUAAAUCAAAAUAUUCUGAAAAAUGCGUGGUAUUGCUCUCAACAGAAGACUAAGGAAGAUUGGCAAGAAUGGAUAAGAAGACUGUCUAUUCAAUUAUUGAAGGAAUCCCCUUCGGCUUCGUUACGUGCGUGUUCGAGCUUAGUCAGCGUUUACUAUCCAUUGGCAAAAGAACUAUUCAAUGCUUCAUUUUCAAGUUGCUGGGUUGAACUCCAAAGCUCAUAUCAGGAGGACUUGGUCGAAGCUUUAUGCAAGGCUUUAUCAUCUUCUGAAAAUCCUCCCGAAAUCUAUCAAAUGUUGCUGAAUCUAGUAGAGUUUAUGGAGCACGAUGAUAAGCCAUUGCCUAUCCCAAUUCAUACAUUAGGUAGGUAUGCUCAAAAAUGUCAUACAUUUGCGAAGGCAUUACAUUAUAAAGAGGUGGAAUUCUUAGAGGAACCAACAAAUUCCACAAUUGAAGCAUUGAUUAGCAUCAAUAACCAACUUCACCAAACUGAUUCUGCCAUUGGUAUUUUGAAGCACGCACAACAGCACAAUGAAUUACAGCUGAAAGAAACCUGGUACGAAAAGCUGCAGCGUUGGGAGGAUGCCCUUGCAGCAUAUAAUGAAAAAGAGGCAGCUGGUGAAGAUUCAGUUGAGGUCAUGAUGGGAAAACUGAGAUCACUCUAUGCCCUUGGAGAGUGGGAAGAGCUUUCCAAAUUGGCUUCUCAAAAAUGGGGUACGGAAAAGCCUGAUGUAAAGAAGGCGAUGGCGCCAUUGGCAGCAGGUGCUGCCUGGGGUUUGGAGCAAUGGGAUGAAUUAGCUCAAUAUACAGGAGUUAUGAAAUCUCAGUCACCGGAUAAAGAAUUUUAUGAUGCAAUUUUGUGUUUGCACAGAAAUAACUUCAAGAAAGCGGAAGUCCAUAUCUUCAACGCGAGGGACCUCUUGGUUACUGAACUGUCAGCUCUUGUUAAUGAAAGCUAUAAUAGAGCAUAUAGUGUCGUUGUUAGAGCACAAAUCAUAGCAGAGUUAGAAGAGAUUAUUAAAUAUAAGAAGCUGUCACAAAAUUCCGAAAAGCGCUUCAGUAUGAGAGAAACUUGGAAUACAAGAUUAUUAGGUUGUCAAAAGAAUAUAGAUGUGUGGCAAAGAAUUUUACGCGUCAGAUCAUUGGUAAUAAAGCCAAAGCAAGACGCUCAGGUGAGAAUCAAGUUCGCUAACUUAUGCAGGAAAUCAGGUAGAAUGGCUUUAGCGAAAAAAGUCUUGAACACGUUGCUCGAAGAAACUGAUGAUCCUGGUCACCCCAAUACUGCUAAGGCAUCUCCUCCAGUUGUUUAUGCACAAUUGAAGUACUUAUGGGCGACGGGAUCGCAAGAUGAAGCUUUAAAGCAAUUAAUUAAUUUUACUUCUCGAAUGGCAAAUGAUUUGGGUUUGGAUCCAAACAAUAUGAUAGCUCAAAGUGUUCCUCAACAAAGCAAAAAAGUUCCGCGUCAUGUCGAAAACUAUACCAAGCUUCUCGCUCGUUGUUUCUUGAAGCAAGGAGAAUGGAGAGUUUCUUUGCAGCCUAAAUGGAGAUUGAGUAAUCCGGAUUCAAUCCUAGGCUCCUACUUGCUUGCUACGCAUUUCGACAAUACGUGGUACAAGGCCUGGCAUAAUUGGGCAUUAGCCAAUUUCGAGGUCAUUUCUAUGAUGACAUCUGCUUCUAAAAAAAAACAAGAAGGAAGUGACGCUGCCUCUAUUAAUGACAUGAAUGAGUUUGGAAAUGGUAUGAUUGGGGUUAAUACAUUUGAUGCUAAAGGAAUCCAUUAUCCUUCCAACUUGAUACAGAGGCAUGUUAUUCCAGCAAUUAAAGGGUUCUUCCAUUCAAUUUCUUUAUCAGAAUCAAGCUCUCUUCAAGAUGCGUUAAGAUUGUUGACUUUAUGGUUUACAUUUGGUGGUAUCCCAGAAGCAACUCAAGCAAUGCAUGAGGGCUUCAAUUUGAUUCAGAUUGGUACAUGGUUGGAAGUGCUACCGCAGUUGAUUUCCAGAAUUCAUCAGCCUAACCAUAUUGUUAGCAGAUCAUUGCUCUCGUUGUUAUCUGAUUUAGGUAAGGCCCAUCCGCAGGCAUUGGUGUAUCCGUUAAUGGUAGCCAUUAAAUCGGAAUCUUUAUCUAGACAAAAAGCAGCGUUGUCCAUCAUUGAAAAGAUGAGAAUACAUAGUCCGGUUCUAGUCGACCAGGCAGAACUUGUCAGCCAUGAAUUGAUUCGAAUGGCGGUGUUAUGGCAAGAGCAAUGGUAUGAAGGUUUGGAUGACGCUAGUAGACAGUUUUUUGGUGAGCAUAAUACUGAAAAAAUGUUUGCCGCUUUAGAGCCCUUGUAUGAAAUGCUAAAGAGGGGACCCGAAACGUUGAGAGAAAUAUCUUUUCAAAACUCGUUUGGAAGGGAUUUGAAUGAUGCCUAUGAAUGGCUGAUGAAUUAUAAAAAAUCCAAAGAUGUUAGUAACUUAAACCAAGCGUGGGAUAUUUACUAUAAUGUUUUCAGAAAAAUUAGUAAACAGUUGCCGCAAUUACAAACCUUGGAAUUACAGCAUGUCUCACCAAAAUUAUUAUCUGCGCAUGACUUGGAUUUAGCCGUUCCAGGGACUCGUGCAAGUAGUGGGAAGCCAAUUGUGAAAAUUUCGAAAUUCGAGCCGGUAUUUUCAGUGAUCUCCUCUAAACAGAGACCAAGAAAGUUUUGCAUCAAGGGUAGCGAUGGUAAGGAUUAUAAAUAUCUUCUGAAAGGUCAUGAAGAUAUCAGGCAGGAUAGCUUGGUUAUGCAACUGUUUGGUUUAGUUAACACAUUGUUGCAAAAUGAUGCUGAGUGCUUUAGAAGGCACCUAGAUAUCCAACAAUAUCCAGCGAUCCCGCUAUCCCCUAAAUCAGGAUUAUUGGGUUGGGUUCCGAACAGUGAUACGUUUCAUGUAUUGAUUAGAGAGUACAGAGAAGCUAAAAAAAUCCCAUUAAAUAUUGAGCAUUGGGUUAUGUUGCAAAUGGCUCCUGACUAUGACAAUUUGACGUUGUUACAAAAAGUUGAAGUUUUUACGUAUGCUUUGAAUAACACGGAAGGACAGGAUCUUUAUAAAGUUCUGUGGUUGAAGAGUAGAUCAUCAGAAACAUGGUUAGAACGAAGAACCACUUACACGAGAUCAUUAGCUGUGAUGUCCAUGACCGGUUACAUAUUGGGUUUGGGUGAUCGUCAUCCUAGUAACUUAAUGUUGGAUAGAAUUACCGGGAAAGUUAUCCAUAUAGAUUUUGGUGAUUGUUUUGAGGCUGCUAUUUUAAGAGAAAAGUUUCCUGAAAAGGUGCCAUUUAGGCUAACUAGAAUGUUGACAUAUGCAAUGGAAGUAAGCGGCAUUGAAGGUAGUUUCCGUAUCACGUGCGAGAACGUUAUGAAAGUUCUCAGAGAUAACAAAGAUUCAUUGAUGGCGAUCCUCGAAGCUUUUGCCUUCGAUCCUUUGAUUAAUUGGGGUUUCGAUUUACCGACGAAGAAGAUUGAAGAAGAGACAGGUAUUCAACUGCCCGCAAUGAACGCCAAUGAGCUGUUGAGUAACGGCACCAUUACCGAAGAAGAAGUUCAAAAAGUGGAAAACGAGCACAAGAAUGCCAUUAGAAAUGCAAGGGCUAUGCUGGUUUUGAAACGUAUAACAGACAAGUUAACAGGGAAUGAUAUAAAAAGGUUCAAUGAUUUGGAUGUGCCGGAUCAGGUAGAUAAAUUGAUUCAACAAGCUACCUCUGUGGAAAACCUAUGUCAGCAUUAUAUAGGUUGGUGUCCAUUUUGGUAG